GAGAACGCCUGGAAGAUAUUAGCGUUUUCAAAGAUGGAUAAGCCAAAUAUAAUUGAGCACGUACAUAAACCCUUGGAUUAUACGCUUUUUGAUGCUCGAUGGAUCCCUUGCAGUCCAAGAUUUGUUGUACUUGGAAACUACCCACGUGGCACUGGUGCUUUGCAAAUAUACGAGGUUUCGAAGGGCUCUGUCAAUCUCCUGAAAAACGUAAGUAAAACAUCAGACAUGCUGCAUAAUUUAAAGUAGUUCAUGUAACUUGUCUGUCGCUCAGUCAAUCUCCUGAAAAACGUAAAUAAAACAUCAGACAUGCUGCAUAAUUUAAAGUAGUUCAUGUAACUUGUCUGUCGCUCUGUCACUUUCUUGAAAAACGUAAGUAAAACAUCAGACAUGCUGCAUAAUUUAAAGUAGUUCAUGUAACUUGUCUGUCGCUCUGUCAAUCUCCUGAAAAACGUAAGUAAAACAUCAGACAUGCUGCAUAAUUUAAAGUAGUUCGUGUAACUUGUCUGUCGCUCUGUCAAUCUCCUGAAAAACGUAAGUAAAACAUCAGACAUGCUGCAUAAUUUAAAGUAGUUCAUGUAACUUGUCUGUCGCUCUGUCAAUCUCCUGAAAAAUGUAAGUAAAACAUCAGACAUGCUGCAUAAUUUAAAGUAGUUCGUGUAGCUUGUCUGUCGCGAAACAAACCAACUAUGCGACAGACAAGCUAUGCAAACAACUUCGUAAACGUUAAAAGACAUGCAAGAGAGAAACCUCUGUUCACAGGGUAAUUUUAUAUCUUCUCUCAGUUGAGAAAAAAUUCUGAUUUUUAAAUACUGUAAAUAAUGAACAUUCAAUUUAUUGGAUAUAUUAAUUAAUACUGUAAAUGGUGCUCAAUUUAUAGGAUGAGAAAAGGACAGCUCUGAAAUGUGGUACUUUUGGUGCUUCAAGUUUACAGCAGAGAUAUUUAGCAACAGGAGAUUUUGAUGGGAAAAUGAUGAUAUGGUGUGUUAUUCAAUUAACAAAUAAAUUAUACUGUUUCCAAUCCCACUAAAGUAUUGGAAUAACUAAAUGGUUGACAGCAUGAGACUUUUAAAAAAGGUGUUAUCAGUAUGUUAACUAGUAGGAAUGGCAAAGCCAUGCAAAAUCACCGCCAAUUCCAUUUUGUGUUUCACCUAAACUCCUUUUUUUAGCUUUCCUAUGUCCCUUUUACUCAAGACCAUAUCAUGAGGAGAGUAGAGAAUUUACGCUGUCUUUUUGUCCUUUGAGCAAGCAGCUCUCUCAUUUUGCUUGGCCGGGGCUACUUCUUGCUCUUCUUAGUCAAUGAUUUAGUUAGCUCAGUUGCUUAGACUCUUGCCCAUUGGGCAAGUGAGUUAUAAAAGUUACUUGCCCAGAAGGAAAAUGUACCUGCACCAGACAACUUGAUGGUACUUUUUUCGAGCCCUGCCCCUACUAUUUUUCACUUGAUCUCCAUGUAACUUUUAAACCUAUGGACAAUAUCUAUGGUGUUACCUUGAAUGAGGCCUUUACAGCAGAUCGUUUUGAUAGUACAUGUACUAUUAACAUUUCCUUAGAUUGUGUCUUUUGUUGGCAUAUCAUUUGCAUAUUUAAAUUCUUACCAGUAAUGAAGUACCAUUUUGUUUUGAUGCAGGAAUCUUGAGAAUACUGAGAGACCAGUCUACUCAGUUAAAGCUCAUUCACAGAUAAUAAAUGCUAUAGAUGGAGUUGGAGGUCUCGGUAUCGGGGAAGGAGCUCCAGAAAUUGUUACUGCGAGUAGAGAUGGUAAUUCAGUCUAGAGUCAUUGUAUUUUGUCAUGGUAAUAAUAAUAAUUUAAAACAAUUUUAUUCAACUUUAAAAAUAUGUUCAUAAGUUGCAGAAAUAUUUUGAAGUAAGGAUUAAGCACUAUACAACAUUAAAAAUUAUAUAAAUCAUAAAAAUACAAUCACUGUGUCCUUGUGGCUCAGAUGUGAUCAAUAACUCUUGCAGGCAGUUCAGUGUUUUAAAUUAAGUUAUGACAAACGAAAAUUAUCUGUCUCUGAUAUUAAAAAACAAACAGGUUAAAAAGGUUCGUAAAAAUUAAAAAAAAAACAAUACAAAACAAAACAAAAAAAAACAAUAAUAAUAAUAAGCAUUCACAUCCACUAGUUGUUCAUGGAGCUUUACAGACGUAUUAAAAAUAUGAUAUAAAACAUUUAACUCCAAAAAUAAAUCAAACCAUCAUUAAUAAGUUUAAUUUCCUAAACGGGUAGGUCUAGAAUAUUAAUAAUUUUAUUAAUGAUUGUAAUAAUUAUUAAUUAAUAAUUUAUUACAUAAUUAUUUAUAAUUAGUAUUAAUAAUACUAUUAGCAAUUAUUAAAUGAGGUUGAGUAUCAUCUGAAGAAUUAUGGAGAUAGAAGUAGGGUUGCAGCCUUGGUGGAUAACACGCGGGCUCUGAGCUGAGUUCAAACCAAAGGUUUGAUUGUAUAUGUUGUGGUUCAAUUUUAUCCUUGGUUUAAAUUUUAUUUUCCUUUGUUUCAAAUUCAUUAUCAUUUAUUACCAUACCCAAAAACCAAGGGAAAUAAAAUUUAAACCAAGGAUAAAAUUUGACUACAACGUAUACACCCGUAGUCAAUCAUCAUCAAGUAAAAUAUAAAAGGUAAAUAUCCUGAAGAGUACUUGACUGUUGAUAAAGUAGGAAGUGAAAUAAUCCUGUUUCGUGUUGAAUUAAUCGCCUCCUCAUUUCCUUUGUAAUCUCCAAGCAAGUGAGACUUCUUGUUUCAUUAAAAACACUGGAUAUUGGCCUUGCUCUUUCUCCACAUUAAGAAAAAUAGAAUUAAUCAAAUUUAAAAAUGAACUUGGCCAAUAUCCAUCUGUCUUGACUUUGUACAUGGUAAAUGAUGCAUAUACUUCAUUAAUUUUUCAUUUGCCAGGAUCUGUAAAAGUCUGGGAUCCUCGUCAAAAGGACAAACCAGUUGCUAACAUGGCUCCAGCAGAGGGAGAAGAGGGUAGAGACUGUUGGUGUGUUGCAUUUGGUAAGCUUUAAAUGUGCUUUUUUUGAUCUCAUUACAGAGAUUAAUAGUUUUAAUCAUGCAGUGUUAUAAUAAGUGGACCGGUUGUGCAUGUUAUACAUGUACAGAUGUAUUCAUGACUGCCUCUUUGGGAAAGUGUGGCCUUGGGAGGGAUAUUGACUGAAUUUCUUUUAAAACUGACUGUAGGAGUCAUUAGUACUCUAUGUUAUAAAGCUAGCUAAUGACUUUUUUAUAGUAUUUCACCAGACACUAUUUGUAUAUUAUUAAUGCUCCUUGAGCAAUAAUAUAAUUAUAUUUUUAUCUUCUGUAAUUACUUGCAAUUUGCUUGGUUUUGGUAGCUGCAGUUGCCGUUAUUCAGCAACAUUUGUUGUAACGUGAUAAGUAAAUUGGCUUAAAGUAUCAAGUCAUUGGUCGUUGUUUAUGUUACAUACAUGUAGUACUUCCAUAUCAAGGAAUGACAUGAGAACAAUAAUAGGUUCCCUCCUUUGUUUGUAGGUGAUGCAUUUAAUGCAGAGGAACGGACUGUUGUUGCAGGCUAUGACAAUGGAGAUAUCAAGAUGUUUGACUUGAAAAAAAUGGCAGUCAGAUGGGAGACAAACAUUAAAAAUGGGGUACUCUCUCUGAUCCUGUUUGACAUUUACUGUUUAGUAAUAAAAUUAUUAUAUCAAACAUGCCGUGUUUCAUACAAGAAAACCACACGGCAGGAAGUGUGUUUCGGAGCCAAGUAUUUUUCACACUAACAUUGAGUUGUCUGGAUAUCAGUCUGAGACAAAUCAGUGUUUAGUGUUUGCAUGAUAUAAGGUUAAAAAAUAAACAAUUUUUCUUGAGGAAAUUGAAAGCUAUAGCUUACAAACGUUUUUAGGCUGUUCAUAGUCUCCUGCCUAUUUUUUCAUAAGUUUGUCAGGGAUCAAGUGCUUUCCGGUACCGACAGCCAUCUUAGUUGCAUAUAUACCAAGGGGGCAGGAGUUGGGAUUAUAGCAGUGAGGGGAGGGUGGCUUCAUCCCAAACUGUGCCCGGCCCUGUAAGUAGAUUUGACACUCAUUCAAGAUGGCCACCCUUAAUGCAAAGUGCUCGAUCUCGACAAUCUUAUGGAAAAAUAGGGGACCAUGAACAGUCUAAAACAUUUGUGUUAAUUAUUUAGGACAAAUAUCCAAUCCCUCUUCAUGGUAGUAUCUUCCUUUGUUUUCUCUCCAUGUAUUUUUGGUACAAGUAUUAACGACUGACGUUUCAAACCUGUUCAGGAUUUUGAAUUGUCUAAAGAUUACAAACUUGAUGCCAUGUGGUAAUCUACAAGUGAUGACAAAUGUCAUUUGCUUUGCAGUUUCGUUAGUCCUUUCUAACCAAUCUCAGCUGAUUUUUUUUUAUAAGAACAUCUAUUUUUUAAGUUGAACCUGGACUGUUCUUAUUUUCUGGGCAGUUUUAGCAAUUUCGAUAACAGAAAUCUGAUAACUCUUUUUCAGCUACAUAAAUAUUUUAAAUCUGAUGACAGGAAGCGUGUUUUAGCAUUCAAUGUAUCGCAUUACACUGAGUCUUUAAUGUGGCUUCGCCCCAUGCAUCAUACACGAGAGUUCACAAAGUUCAGUUAAUUUCUUCUAAAGCCUCUUUCUCAGGCCAACCUACCCUUGCCCAUUUUGGGAAUGUGUUUAAAGAACAAAAUUUUACAUGCACUCUGAUUCCAUGUAAGACAUUAUGAAGUUCAGAUUUUCUGGAUUUAGGAAAGUAAUAGGAAUGAAAAAUGAAUAUUGUUUUUCUCUGAGACUCGGAUAUGUUCUUAGUAUGUUCUUAAUAUUUUGGCAAAUUUCAGGCUGGACAUUCGUAGAAUCUCCAUCCCUUUCCCAUGUUUUAUAGGUCUGCGGUGUAGAAUUUGACAGAAAGGAUAUCAUGAUGAACAAACUAGUUGCUACUACACUGGAAUCUAGAUUUCACGUGUUCGAUGUGAGAACACUGCACCCACAGAAAGGAUUUGCUUCUCUCUCUGAAAAGGUGAAUCAUGAUUAAAUGUUUUUACGUGUGAUUCGUAGUGGAGUAAUCACAGUCUGGGUAAUUGAGGUUUUGACUCUACUAAUAAUAUUUCGGACAGGUUAGGGGCUAGACAACUAACAACUGGGUCACUGCACUCCUGAUGGGUAUUUUCAAGAUUAUGACUGUUUGCUGGUUGGCACUGGAAAUGGGCAAAAUGAAGCCAGGCCUGUGGUCUAAGUAUUAAAUAUUCAGUCAAGCAGGCAAGGGGGCCAGUGACUUGCCCGUUACGAUUUCAUGAUUCACUACAUUCCCACAAAUAUAAUUUGCUGUAACAAAUCCUUUGCGUGGUUAGAAUGGCUGGAUAAAGUGUUGUUGUUUCAUUGCAUUACUGGUUAAGACCUUUAGGUAACCCGUCACCUUAUUCUUAACUUUCUUAGGCUCAUAAGUCAACUGUUUGGUGUGCUAGACAUCUACCUCAGAAUCGGGAAGUGUUCAUGACAUGUGGUGGGUCUGGGUCACUGAAUCUCUGGAAAUAGUAAGUACUUGCUAUCUUAUUGCAUGGCUAGACGUCAACUUAUGAACUUGUGUCUCUAUGAUUAUCUCCAAAGAAAUUGAGUGAGCAGAGUGAUCAGUUCUUGCCUUUUUUUAUAGCUUAUUACCGGUAAUAAAAUAAUGUUAUAAUAAAGUUCACAAAUUUCAUUUAUGGUGCUGUGUCUUUAGAGGUAAAAAGGGUCAUUUCUAAGAUUUUUCUAACCAGCAAAAUAAAUUUAAUAAUUAUUACAUGAAAAUCUAUACAGCUGAAAAUGACCUUAGACAGAGUUUAUGGGGGCAGUAGAGUACAUUUUUGUAAGCGUUGUGACAAAUUCACAAGGACACACACACAUUAGAUUUAGACAAUGUAGUCGUUGUCAGGACGUUAACCGUUUUCUAUGGUGUAUACCACCAGUUCAGCUUGUGUCACCAUUAAGGCCAGUAUGUAGCACUGUACAAUUACGGGACAUUUUCCGGCUCUAGUCCCUUCUCGUUUCUAAGGUGGUGAAUGUUACCAGGAAACUCAGAAAACUGUGAACUCUAUGGAUGUUUCUGGGGUUGUAUCUGUGUUGCAAGGAAAAAGCUAACCAGGUACGCGAAACCUAAACGUUUUGUGGCUUGCUCACUUGCGUUGAUCUUUUCCUCAACCAAGAUUCCUGUAAUACUGAAUGUUUCAGGCCUCGAUUGCUCAAACGUUGGAUAUCCCAGCGCUAUCCACCGGAUAAAUCACUAUCCAGUGAACAAGUAUUAAAAAAACAACUUGCGUUAUUUACUUGAUAGAGAUUUGUCCAGAUUUUUCCUGUUUUCUGAGUUGUACAGUACGAGCAAAUGUACCGCGUACAAGAUAUGUUUGUAAUAAGUGGAGGAUAUUACAUGGCCGCGCGGAGAUACGAAAUUUCUCUUCGAGUGUUGAAAUUUUCGUGAAGAUAUCAAGUUUUCGCGCGAAAGCUCACCUUGUAUUUUUUUUUUUUACUUUAGCUCUUAUCCUGACCAGCGGGUGAAGAAAGAUCCUGAUGACUUGGAGAUGGGCGUCAUUGGUUCAGUUUCCUUACUUCAAAAUGCUAAUUUAUCAACACAGCCAAUCACAUCCUUCGACUGGAGUCCAGAUAAGGUUAGUAGGGCGGAUCCAGAAAAUUCAGAAAGGGGAGCCGGAACACUUGCUACACUGCAGCUUUCUAAAUGGAUCAUAUUUAUUUUAUCGAGAAUUCUGUUAAACAGGGGCCCAUAACCCGCGUGGAGCUAGCAACUCCCAUACUAGACCAAUGUCAUGGCGAUUUCACGGACCGCUUUAUAAGUAUAUUUUAGAGCACUUUUUCCCGCAAAAAUGGACGCUUGGCUCCGUCUGUGAGCGCAUUCACCGUAUCACUCACACGUGUCACUUAUCCCGUUGUCAAUGACCGUUGGGGCGCCACGGACGUUGCAACCCUCUCCCUCCAUUUUAUUUUGUUUUCAGCUUCUCUUACAGCGUCGUAAAACUUCAACCCUGUCCAUUCAGCGAUGUUCUUCUCCCAACGCUUCUUUUGGCGGCCCCUUUUUCCCCCUCCUUGCACUGUUCCUUGUAAAAUCGUCUUGGCAGGCCCUGAUGAUCUUGAUACAUGCCCAAACCACUUUAACUUGCAUUUCUUUACUGUGGUUAAGAUAUCAUCAUAGAACACUCUCUAUCAAAAAAGAACACUAAACGGAGGGUCUUAAUGGGGUUAACCGUCAGACGUCAAACGGCCUAAAAUUUAACCGUCAGCCCUCAAAAAAGGUAAUGAAUUUUUUACCGUCAACCGUCAAAAAUGCAGAUUAAUAUUAAUUGGAAAAAAAAUUAACCGUCAACCGUCAAAGGUACCACCCCAAUGAGACCCUCUCAACGUUGCUGACUGGUUUGUGGGUUUUAAAAGAUAUUUUAAAUGCGCACCAAAAAUUCUAAAAUUUAACCGGUUUGGUCGGUGAAUACUUCAUGACACGAGUACUUGGAAGUUGCUCGCUUCGAGUUAUGGGUAGUCUCCUUCGCAGCCGCUCGGGCCGACGUCAUUGCCUGACUCCGCCCGAGCGUCUGCGAAGGACACUAGGUUAUGGGCUCCUGUUAUAAAAUGAUUAAAACUUUUCACAGAAAAAUGGGAGGCCGUGGUGCCCUCGGACUGCAACUAAAUCCGGCCAUGAGUAGCUGUUGUUUUAACUAUUCGUGAACUUCCACAAGAGGGCCCCAUUGCGGUGGUGGCUUUAAAACAUCUUUUUCUAAAAAUCUUGGGCCAAGAGAAUGAUGAUGAAAACGAAGAAGACGCGUAUUUCCGCGUCUCCUCCCAGUCUCACUCUCACUCUAGUCCUUUCACCCUCACUCCAGGCCUUUCCUUCUUCUGCUCGCGCACGCGUUCUUAAUCUAGCUAGAUAAAAAAAAUACGGACUGUUUUGCAGUUUACCCGUAGAUAAUUACUUUCGCUUUUAAUACGAGAACAAGGCGUAUGCCAGAUAAUUUCAAAAUAUUGACCCUGUUAUGCUUUGACUUUACAGGAGGGCUUGUGCGUAUGUACCUCAUUGGAUCAGAGCUUAAGAGUGAUCAUUGUCACAAAGCUAAAGAACGUUUGACAACUAAGAUACAUGAUGUAAUCCUGCGCAUUCGUCAUAUACACAAGAUCAUUUUUACAGAGCAUUGAACUUUUUAAAUUAUUAUGUAAAUACAGUAUAUAAAUGUUCAUUGGUAGUUUUCUUCCUAAAAAAAAAACAAACAAAACCAAACAAUAAAAAUUAACAUAUGCAUUUUUUUUCAAGAACUUUCAUGUCAGCUUAUCACUUGAUCAAGGAAAACAGUUUUCCUUGACCCAAUGUCUUGCUCUGACAAAAAAAAAAAACAAAACAAGGAAAAAAAAAACAAAAACUUGCUCUUUUACUUUGGAAAGCUUAAAACUUGUCAAGUUUCUUCACUUGCAAGUUUUCUUGGCAAGUUUUUCAGGCUAGGUUUACACUAGAGGAAAUUUUUCCGGGUUCGUGACGAACCUGGAAUAUUGUGGUAUCGGAUUCGUUUACACGCAGUUGUUUGAAUCCGAACGCCUCGGCCGGUUUGGUUGCGUGCCCGGAAGUUUUGCAUUCGGAAUCGAAAGUGCAGGUGAAAGUGAAUACUUGGUAGUCGAAUGAAUUAGUUGAAUGAAUUUUAUCGGGUUAACUGUUGCGUGUUAACGCCUACGAAUCUGAAUAAUCUAAAUGUAAAAAAACCGUAAAUGUUUAUGAAUUUCGUCUAGUGUAAACCAAGCUUCAUUUUCAAGGAUUUUUGUUUUAUUCUAAAUGCGGAUUUACUUGUGAGUUGAUUGUGCGGGGCGAACCGUUUGACUUUUGACCAAGAAUGGUCAUGUACUUGUGAGUCCACGAUACGAAGUCGAUUAGCCGCAAAGUGCGGCUUCGCGAGUCAAAUGUGUUUGAGGUUAAAGGAGGAGAAGAAACUGCUGAACCUCAGGGUGUGGCCGAUGCUGAGAUACCCCAUGACAACUUUUCAGCCACAUUAUUUAAAACGUGUUUGUUUUAGUGAAGAGAGUUAAUUGCUAGUUCACACGCAAAGCUACUGAGAAAUGGCUAGCCAUACGAGUAGUCUGCUAUCCCAUAUUUUCCUAUACUUGAUGUUUCCCUUACUAAAAUAUAGGGCAUUCUCGACCCCAGUGCUUACGCUUCUAACCGUCAUGCGCAGGAAAGCUCUGGGGUCGAGAUUGAAUGAAGGGCUACUCCUAAUCUUUGACGUAGCCUGUAAAUCUAGUCUCUACAUCUGAUCAGUAUAUGAGUCUUGAAUCGUGGAAAGGAGUUGUUUUUCCCUCCCUUCUUGCAGGUGAUGUAUGUCAAAAAGGGCUAAUAUAACUUGCUUAUAGGCAUAACUUCAGGUGCGUUUUCGUUUUAUAGCUUGCUUGGUUGAAAAUGUUAUCUACAAUUAACAAAUCUUUUAUUUUUCUUUUGUUUUCUGUUUUUGUUUUCCUUUAUUCUUUUCUUCCUUUUUAAAAAAAAAAUGAAGCACGAAAACACCUGGACAAACCACCAGGCCCCGACAACGGUUUCCUUCUACAUGCAUUGAAAACACUUAGGCUAUCCUGAGUACUUUUAGAUCUCUAUAGCUAAGAAUUGCAUUCUAAUUAAGUGGCGCCAUAAAGUUUGUAUAUGUCUGGUCAUCCUAGGGGAACUUUAUUCUUUUCGAAAUUACAGGGGCUUCAGAAUUUUUUCCCGGAAAUUUUAGCUGCAACACACCUCUGAAUCCGAAAAUUUUAGUUUUGUUUUUUACUAAGAAAAACAGCCUAACCUGAAGAGUGAAAUGUGAAAAAUUAAACUUUUGAAAAUCUUAGGGAAUAGAUGAGCUUCGAAAAUUGUUUAAGCAAUCGCCCAAAAACGUCUUCCGCGUUUGACAUCGCCUGAUAUAAAGAUGACAGGGGUUGGGAGAAUUCGAGACAGUUAUGCAAACCCGAGACGAAGACGAGAGUUUGCAUAACUGUCGACCAAUUCCGAUAUAUUGAAAUUCAUACUUGGCUGCGAGGAAACUUUUUUUCACGCCUUUUUUUCCCGCCUGUUUAGACUUUCCCUUGCCCCCACCAUCUGCCCCUGGGUCUACGAGGAUGCGAGGCCAAGCCACAGAGCCAAGUAUGAAUUUUAAUAUAUCUUCUAAUCUCCCAACCCUUCGAGUGUUUACAUCAGGCUAUACACUCUUUUUUUUAUAAGAAUAUAUUUUAUAAGAAUAUCGAGGCUGAAAUUUGCGAAAUUUUAAGGAUAUUUUAAGAAUAAAGCCGAGGCUGAGAUUUUGAAAAGGAUAGAUAUAAUUUUGUGUGUUGAAACAUCUGUAAAUACAAUACAAUUUUCUGUUUUUAACUUAACCGUAUAAAAUUAUUCCCUUCUCUGAACGGCGAAACUAGCCACCAUACGAAAAAACCUGCACUAGCCAGCUGACUAGCUAUAGCAAAAUGUUCAACGCUAAUGAUAGUUCGAUGAACCGUACUUGUAAUACAUGUACAUAUACCCCAAUAAAUUCUAACACGGAAAUGUCAAAAGCUAUAAUUUAAGAAUAAUACAAGAAUAUUUUCAGCCUAAAAUCGGCAGAAAAAUAAGAAUAUUCAGCCUGGGCCGGAAAAACAACAUUCUUAUAAAAAAAGAGUGUAUGCAAAUACAGGAGAAAAGUUGUCCUAUGCUUUUAUCAUUUUAUUAAUUAACUUUAACUUUUUAAAAGUAUUGCACGCAAGCCAUUAAAAGGGCUAUUUUUUCUGCACUUCGAAGCAUUUACGAUUGAUUAUGCAAUUCGCAUUAUUUUAUUGUGCCAGUAAACAAAAGCUCAAUUUAAGAUGAGAAAGUGCCUUAAACAAUAUUAUGCACCUGCUGGCAGCUAUUUGUAUUUCCCUCAAGUUAUUAACAGUAACACGUAGCCUGGGUGAAUACCUAUGAAUUGUUAACUGUCCCAAAUUUUGGUAACCAUUUUUCUUUUCUUAGACAUUAACGGAAAACCACCAUGGUUUAAAAGCGUUACUCGGCUCCUCCAGAACGGAAAAUGUUUUAGAAACAUAUGACAAUAAAAGAAUGAUAGAAAAAUAAGUAAAUUAAUCUCUCACUAGGUGUUCUUACGUCAACUUACAGUUAAGCCAAAUAAUAAAAAUAGUAAUGGCUAAUUAUUUUGGCAAUUUACGUCAGUAAAUGAUGUAAGACUACGGUUCUUCGGCCAGCGCUCGGCCAGCGCGGAAAAGCCACGUACUUAUUCAUGUGCGCCGACAAUAUAAAAGUCAGCGGCUACACGCAUUGAACAAAACAGAAAUUGAAAGUGGCGGACGCGGAAAUGAUGGCUGCGAAAAGAGUAUUUUCAGUCAUAGUUUUUAUGAUUUUAAGCAAGCUUAAGGAAGUACAGAGUGACGAAGUAUGGCAAAAAGAGCAAUUCCCAAACCCAGCGAGAGAUAUCGAAGCCUGCGGUCGUCGAGGGAAGGUUUCGUGGAUCUGUGAUCCCGACAACAUUCUCAGCUACGAAACUGCUAACAAGGUCGAAGAGCUUCUGUUUUCUGUAAGGAAGAAUACAGUUUCAGGUUGUAGCACUAGCAGCGAAAAUCCUGGAUUUCAAAUUGGUGUUGCAGUUAUGAAGAAAAUGCGUGGCGUUCCAGAUGAAUCUAUCGCUGUUACAGCUGAAAAUUUCGCUAAACACUUGCAUGACAGAUGGGGAGUUGGAAACGCGGGAUGCGAUGAUGGCGCGGUUCUCUUGCUUUCGAUCACAGACCGACAGAUUUAUGUGUCCACCGGAAGAGGAGCAAAGGAAAAGUUGACAGAUGACCAGAUCGAUGUCCUUAUCGAAGAAAUAAAGCCGUACUUGAAGAAGCAAAAGUACGACCAAUCUGUAGAGCUUGCGGUUGUAAGGAUGGGCGAAGUUUUCAGUGGAAAUGUUUUAAAACAGCCAUUCGACUACGGGCUAAUAAUUUUCUCCGUCAUAUUUUUUGGGAUCGCUGCUUUUGGGCUGUACAUUGCAUUCAAGAGUGAAGAUGAGCGUUAUGAUUGCACCACAAAACUGGAAAGGAUCCAAGAGGAGCGAGACAGAGCUAAGCAUUCCCAAAAAUCUUAUGCAAGCAAGUCCUGCCCCAUUUGCUUGGAAGAAUUCCAGCCCGAGAUCAAAACCAGACUGCUAGCGUGUGGUCACAAGUACUGCGAGCCCUGCUUAGUGAAGUGGCUGGAGGAUCAUGUCACUUGUCCAAUAUGCCGAAAGGCAGCGGACGGACGUGGUGGCGACGAUGGGGCCUGCCACUCAUCUAGUACCUUUGAUUUCACUCCUGAGCUGCAGUUCAGACUGAUGAUGCUUCAGUUACAGCACCCAUUUUUCAUCAACAGCAGCAUGGUAGACAGAUGGAGUAGCAGCAGCUAUACAGGAAGCUUUCUGUCUGAUCCUGCCUUUUUCAGAUCAUCCAUGCCUGGUGGUGGUAGUUUUGGAAGUGGGAGUGGAUUUGGUGGAGGUGGAAGUAGUGGAGGUGGAGGACGAGGGGGAAGCUGGUAG